CUACAGCUAUAAAAUGAUACCACACUUCGACAAGUUGAUAUAUAUACAAUUAAUAAAGCUGAAGAUAAAACUUAUCAAAAAAGAAUAAUAUAUGAUAAUGAAAAAAAGUGUUAUUUUGUAAAUAGCACUAUUCUUUUGCACUUCUGGAUAGAUGCUAAUUGCAAUUCAUUGACUUUGUAUCUGCACGUGGCACAAUGACAAUAAAGUUUAAUCUAAUAAUCUAAUGUAAUAUGAAUGGACCAAUAGAGACCAGAUGGGAUUAGUUUGAUCUGUUCCAUGUUCAUUCCCAACUGUUACCCAAUGCGGUAUCUCUUGAGUUAAUAAUUGACCAGAAGUGACGCAGUUAUCUGACACUUAACAACUCCUCACCCCACCACGAAUUUGAGAACGGUGGUUUGGCACUUUGCGGAGUCAGAUUCUUCCAAACCAUGUCUUACGUGCUGCUUAUUCCUUUGAGCCUGGUAAUCAUCCUUGUCGUUCUCCUUUACUUCCUGGGCGCUUUUAGAAGGAGGGGACCGAACGAGCCGCCUCUGGACACCGGCUACCUGCCAUGGUUGGGCCACGUCCUGUCUUUCCGAAGGAACACAAAGCAGUUAUUGCAGCAGAUGCAGAAAAAGUACGGGGAUAUCUUCACAAUCCAGAUAGCCGGCUAUUACAUUACAUUCCUGAUGGACCCGCUAUCCUACGGAGCUGUGAUGAAGGCGUCGAGAUCGAAAAUAGACUUUGAAAAGUUUGCAGUUGAAUUGGUUGAAAGGGUAUUCGGUUAUCGCGCCCAACAAAAUGACCACAAACUGCUGGAGGCAGUAAGUAACAGAUACCUUAUGGCGGACGGUUUGGUUGAUCUGACCCAAGCCAUGAUGAUGAAUCUGCAGAAACUGAUGCUUCACAGGAUUGCGGACAGUUCCAUAGAAUGGAAGCAAGAUGGACUGUUCAAAUACUGCUACAAUAUAGUAUUCAGGGCGGGCUACCUCUCUCUGUUCGGUAACGAACCAACCAAGGGAGAUCUGGACCAUGCUAAUAAACUGGACCGAGAAAACUCGGACCAACUCUACUAUGAGUUCAGGAAAUACGACCGACUGUUUCCCAGGCUCGCUUACGCUGUGCUCACGCCCAGGCAGAAGCUGGAAGCCGAGAGACUCAAGAGGAUGUUCUGGAGCCUUCUCUCUGUGCAGAAAGUGAGAAACCGGGAACAGAUCAGCAGCUGGGUGACAGAGCGCCUGCGCCAGAUGGAUGAACAAGGAACAAUGGAGUAUAUGCAGAACCGCUACAUGUUGCUGAUGCUCUGGGCGUCUCAGGGAAACACCGGUCCUUCGGCUUUCUGGCUCCUCUUAAGCCUUUGCCGUAGUCCCGAAGCUUUGAACGCGGUGCGAGCCGAAGUGGACGAGCUGCUGGCGCAGACCGGCCAGCGAGCGACGGCGGACGGGCCACCGAUCAACCUGACCCGGGAUAUGCUGCAGAAGACUCCAGUGCUGGACAGUGCCGUGGAGGAGAGCCUGCGUAUGUACGCCGCUCCGCUAUUGUGCAGGGCCGUGACGGAGAACUUUGAGCUGCCGAUGGCUGACGGCCGGCGCUACAUGCUGCGGAAAGGGGACCGGGUGGCUGUUUUCCCUCACAUCUCGCCACAUAUGGACCAGGAAGUGCAUCCGCGGCCGCACACCUUCCAGUUCGACCGUUUCCUCAACGCGGACGGGACAAAGAAGACUGACUUCUACAAGAGGGGCCAGAAGCUGAAAUAUUACAACAUGCCAUGGGGAGCUGGCGUCAGUAUGUGUCCCGGUCGCUUCUUCGCCACCAACGAACUAAAACAGUUUGUUUUCCUCAUGCUCUGCUACUACGACUUCGAGCUGGUGAACCCCGAGGAGGAUGUACCGCCCAUUGACAAAAGCCGCUGGGGGUUUGGCGUGAUGCAGCCGACUUACGACGUCCAGUUUAGAUACCGCUUCAGGUUUUAGCAGUUUGUUAUUUUUUUCCCUAAACGCAUACACCCCUUCUGUUUACUCAAGUUAACACAUAAAACUCAAAACCACUAACCACUGGUAUUUUAAUAAAAAGAAAGAUUGAUAAACUUCUGAAUAUGAAGGGAAUCAAUGAGUAGGGAAUUAAGAGAGAUAUACAUAUUGGCUGCUGGAUGUUCCGGGGUUUCGAUGUUUCAAAAUGGGCAAGGGAGGGAGGUAAAAGCGGCAUUACUAAUCAGGGAUAAUAUUACAGCUGCAGAGAGGUGUGAGUUCUGGAGGAAUUGUCUACUAAAUCUGUGUGGGUGGAAGUCAGAAACGGGGAGGGAGCACUCUAUUAAGAGUAUUCUAUAAACUAACAGCAACAGAGACGCUGAUAGGCAGAUUGGGAGGCCGAUUUUUGAAAGGGGCACAUACAUAAUAAGGUUGUUAUCAUGGGUGACUACAACUUCCCUAAUAUUGAUUGGCACCCCUCCUUAAUGCAAAAGUUGUAAAUAGGACAGAAUUCGUCAGGCGUAUAGUCAAGCCACUAGAGGAGAUGCCCUACUGGAUCUGGCACGAGGCAAUAAAUUGGUUUGGUGUCAGAUUUCUCUGUAGGUGAGAAUUUUGGAAAUAGAGACCACUACUUCCUGGCCUAAUGAUAGCCUUGGAGAUGGAUAGAAGCAACUGGUAUAGGAAAGUAUUUAAUUAGGGGAGGGAAAUUAUGAUGCUAUUAGGCAAGAACUUAGGAUCAUAAGUUGGGAACAGAUGUACUCAGGGAAAUGCACAACAGAUAUAUGGAGGUUAUUUAAGGAGUACUUGCAUUGGGUUCUGAAUAGGUUUGUCCCAUUAAGGCAAGGAAAGGACCCUACGGCAAAGGAACCAUGGUUGAUAAGAAAUGUGAAACAUCUAGUCAUCAGGAGGAAGAAAGAAGCUUACUUAAGGUUUAUGAGGCAGAGCUCUAGGAAAUUACAAGGUAGCCGAGGAGGUGCUGAAGAAUGGGAGAACUAGAGUGGGGCUUCAGAAGACUUUGGUGAGUAGGAUUAAGGAAAACCCCAAGGCAUACUACACAUACACAAUGGACAGGAGGAUGACUAGAGUGAGGGUAGGACUGAUCAGGGAUAAAAGAGGAUACAUACCUGGAGCUGGAGGAGGUAGAUAUUUCUUAAUGAAUACUUUGUUUCAGUAACCACCAGUGAGAGAGACCUUGAUGUUUAUAAGGUCAGUGUAAAACAAGCUGAUACGCUAGAAUAUGUUGAUGUUAAGAAAGAGAAUGUGCUGGCAGCUUUGAGAAAUAUUAGGAUAGAUAAGUCCUCAGGGCUGAAUGGGAGGUGAGAGAAGAGAUUCCCACAUCUUUGGUGAUGAUCAUUGUGUCAAUAGACAAUAGACAGUAGGUGCAGGAGUAGACCAUUCAGCCCUUCUAGCUAUUCACUGUGAUCAUGGCUGAUCAUACACAACCAGUACCCUGUUCCUGCCCUCUCCCCAUAUCCCUUGUCCCCGCUCUCUAUAAGAACUAACUCUCUCUUGAAAGCAUCCAGAGACUUGGCCUCCACUGCCUUCUGGGGCAGAGCAUUCCACAUAUCCACCACUCUCUGGGGGAAAAAGUUUUUCUGCAUCUCUGUUCUAAAUGGCCUACCCCUUAAUCUUAAACUGUGGCCUCUAGUUCUGGACUCACCCAUCAGUGGGAACGCUUCCUGCCUCCAGUGUGUCCAAUCCUUUAAUAAUCUUAUAUGUCCUCACUAACCACAGGAGUAGUACCACAAGACUGGAUGAUGGAGAAUGUUAAUAAGGAGGUAGGGAUAAUCCUAGAAAUUAUUAUCAGUGAAUAUUACAUCAGUGAUGGGCAAACUGUUGGAGAGGAUUAUUAGAGGCAAGAUUUAUGAGCAUUUGGAGAAGCAUGGUCUGAUUACAGAUAGCGUUGCUUUGUGAGGGGCAGGUCAUGCUUCACCAACCUGAUUGAUUUCCUUGGGGAAAUGACAAAACAAGCUGAUGAAGGAAGUGGAGGGGAUGUGGUGUAUAUGGAUUUUAGGCAUUUGACGAAGUUCCUCAUGGUAGGCUCAUUCAGAGAAUCAGGAGGUGUGAAAUCCAGGGAAACUCAGCUGCUUGGAUUAAGAAUUUGCAUGCCCACAGAUGAUAGCAGAUGAAACAUAUUCUGCCUGGAGAUUGGUGACCAGUGGUGUUCUCAGGGAUUUUUCUCUGGAACCUAUGCUCUUUGAUACAUUUAUGAAUGGCUUGGUUGAGGAAGUGGAACAGUGGGUUAGUAAGUUUGCAGAUGCCACGAAGGUUGCUGGCAUUGUGGAGAGUGUAGAAGGCCAUUGUAGACUUCAACAGGACUUCGAUAGGAUGCAGACCUUGGCUGAGAAGUGGCAGAUGGAGUUCGUUCCAGAAAAGCUUGAGGGUUGAAAUUGAAGGCAGAGUACGGGGCUAAUAGCGGGAUUCUUAGCCUCAAAUUUUCCACACAAGAUGAUAGAAUUGUUAAGGUUUAUAGUUAGCCUUCAUUAGCGGGAGAUUGAGUUCAAGAGCAAGGUAAUGUAUAGUAGCUUUUCUCUUUGAAGGGAAGCAGGAUGAGAGGUGACUUGAUAGAAGUGUAUAAAAUGAUAAGAGGUAUAGAUUGAAUGGACAACUAGAGAUUUUUUCAAGGGUGGAAAUGACUAAUACAAGGGGGCCUAAUUUUAAGAUGAUUGGAGAGGGGGUGUCUGAGGUAGAUUUUAUACAGGAUGUGUGAAACACUUUGCCAGGGUGGUGAUAGAGAUAGAUACAUUAGAGACAUUUAAGAGACUAUCAGAUAGACACAUGAUGAAAGAAAAAUGGAGGGUUAUGUGGGAGGGAAGGGUUAGAUUGAUCUUACAGUAGGGUAAAUGGUUGGCAUAACACAGGGGUGUCAAACUCAUUUUAGGUCACGGGCCGGAUUGAGCAAAAAUGCAGCUUCAUGCGGGCCGGAUCAGUCGGGCGCGUGCGAACGCAGCUUUCAUUGCCUCCGUUUUUUCAGCCUGCUCUCAUGUGUCUCAGUCUCUGCUAUAAGAACAAAGUGUUUCACUUUACAAAUUCCGUUUCUUAUGAAGAAGACUGCCGAGCAAGACUGCCGAAUAAACACUAAAAACCCUGAAAACCUGGUACCUGAAUAAACUCAGCAUUAGCCAUAUCAUACGCCAUAGGCGCUUCGAUUACUGGGGUCAGCUUUAAUAGUAAUUAGAUAUUAUCUCACGGGCCAAAGAUAAUUCCACCGCGGGCCGGAUUUGGCCCGCAGGCCUUGAGUUUGACAUAUAUGGCAUAACAUCAUGGGCCGAAGGGAAUAUGGAGUGCCAUAUAAUUUGUGUUAGACCUCAUUGUUGCAGUAGAGAAGGUCGAGAUCAGACAGGUUGGUAAUAGAAUAGGCAGGGGAAUUGCAAUAACAUGCACCCAGAAGUUGGAAAGAGCUGUUGCAGUCAGAGUACAGAUUCUAUGCAAAAUAGUCACUUUGUCAGUACUUUGACUCACCAGUGUAGAGAAGGCCAGAUCUGGAGCACCAAGUGCAGAUGAGUUUGGGGCAGGUGCAGAUGAAUCUCUGGCUUAUUUAGAUGGCCAGUUUAGGUCCUCAGGUGGUGGUGACUAAGGAGCUGAAGAGAUACCACAUAUGGUUACAGGGGAAAGUUGCUGGAGACUGGGAAGAGUAGUUGAAUGGAUGAGAACAGACAAAAAACUUAGAGAGAUUCAUCCCUGCAGAAAGCAAGGUAGUGUUGAAGUGAGGAAAAUGUGAUUGAUGAUAAGAUGUCUGACUAACUAAUAAUUGUACUUAACCAGCAAAAAUAAACAAUUAAAAUGAACUGUUGAUAUUUUCUUUAUA